AUGAUCUUUGUGGGUUGUACAACAUCCUACCUCCACCACAGUCAUCAACCCACAACUGAAGCCACAAUCAUUCACCCUCACAAUCUCAUCCACAACCAUCCACUCACUCUCCUUCCACCAACAAUGCCCCACUACAACACUCCUCCUCCUACAACAAUCCUCACAAUCAUCCACACACAACCCCACAUCAAUGACCUUCCCCCUUCAACCUCCUACCCAGCUAUUUUCUGUCUACAACCCACCUUCGCUUUUCAUCUACAAUCAUGUGAUUACAACCCUCCUCCUACAACCAUCCAUCCACAACCUAGACCCACAGCCUUUCAUUUACAAUCAUCUGACUACAACCCUCCUCCUACAACCAUCCACCCACAACCUCCACCCACAGCCUUUCAUUUACAAUCAUCUUACUACAACCAUCCUCCUACAACCAGCCAUCCACAACCUCUACCCACAGCCUUUCAUUUACAAUCAUCUGACUACAACCAUCCUCCUACAACCAGCCAUCCACAACCUCCACCCACAGCCUUUCAUUUACAAUCAUCUGACUACAACCCUCCUCCUACAACCAUUCAUCCGCAAUAUCCAACCACAGCCUUCCAUCUAAAAUCAUCCUCCUACAACCAUCCAUCCACAACCUUCACCCCCAGCUUUUCGUCUACAAUCAUCCAUCCACAACCUCCACCCACAGCCUUCCAUCUACAUUCACCUGACUACAACCCUCCUACUACCAUCAGUCCACAAUCUCCACCCACAACCUUACAUCUACAAUAUUUGACUACAACCAUCCAUGUACAACCUCCAACCACAGCCCUCCAUUUACAAUCAUCCUCCUACAACCAUUCGUUCACAAUUUCCACCAACAAUCUUUCACCUACAGUUAUCUGA